AUGGUUGCACUUCUGGACCUCAUCCCAGGCACCGCGUUGGCACUUGAUCUGUGUAAGGACAGCAUCAAUAUCAGAAGCUCAAUCCGCACUGUCAUAACCGAUGGGCGUAGCAUCAUAGCUCUUGCAAGAGCUAAGGAAGGGAUUUCGAAGCAAACUUACCACUUGGUUGACACUUCCACAUCGCAGUUUACCGUCACACUCGCUCGGGCAUCUGGUUCCGGUCAUGUAAGGACCUUUUUUGCAGUUUGCCAUGGCUGUGGUAGCGAAGAAGAGGGUGGCGAGGAUAGCGACGGACUUCAUGGUGAGUGGAAAGGGCGAGAAUCUGUGUUUGGAGGGUGGUAGUUGUAGAUGAUGAUCGAAAAGAGGGUUUGAAUGAAUGGGCCAGGAAUUCUGGAGCACCGUUAGAGUGGCACCUUCGUUUCUUCUUUCCGCGAUGCAUUGGUGCGCCUGAAUGCAAAUCAGUGUAAAUCAUACUUGCGAAACAGUCCGCGCCGUUGAUAUUCGGGCUGGACGUGUUCGCCUACAUCGAUGCAAGGUGUUUUGCAUACGGUAUCGUCCUAGCGUUACGCCUUAGUGACAGUCAUGUUCCUCGUGAUUGGUUGAAGCUAAUAGGGGUCCGAACUUUUAGUCGAAUCUUUGACUAUCGGAGACCCUCAAUACUCGGGCACCGAGGAAGCUGAGAGUUCACCGCUGCAUUGGUAUACAAGCUCCCAUUCAAAAAUGAAGCUUUAUAGCGUCCAUAGGCCAAUCUUUCGGAAAUCAUAUGAUUUCGAUUCUACUACUGCUAUUCUAGUUUGAUCAAUCCAAAAUAUUUAUAUGCAGGCCAUCUGUUCUCGGUAUUAUUUGAAUGAUAGUUACACUUCACAAAUUGGCAAUCGCCACUUCUGGGAACAAUUUCCUCGCUUGCGUCUUCCCCCACUACCUGUUCCACUUUUAUGACCUCGGAACCGGACUGACCGGUGCAAGAGAGCCGAGCCGAGAAAGCUUGCUGUGAAUAAGCCGACACUAUGCUAGUACAAUUCCCGAUACGCACACACCUUCUGCUGUCCAGCGACAUCAAGUUUCUCGAAGAGGCGUCUCUAAACGUACAAGAAAUGGUUGUAAA